AAUAACAUUCAUUAAUACCCUCAAAGAUUAUUGUUGAUUUGAGUUCAUAAUGCUGCAAUUCAAGCCCACAAAGCUCAGAACCAAAAAGAUUGUAUUUGAAGCAGUAUUCGGUGCUGAGGAUUCAGGCACUCUUGAACAGCUAAAAGAAUUAAGUUCCAAGCGCUUGAAUAUCGAAUCAAUGAACAAAAACAAAUCCGUUCCAGGACCGAAUGCUGAAUGUGAACAGGAUAUACAAAAGCUAGAACUAUACUUGCCAUCAUUGGAUAACCUGGUACAACAUGUCGAUUUCCUUGGUUAUAACGAUCCACGAGUGAUUCGUUUGAUUUCAAAUCUUAAAAUAAGGUGGACUAGUCCUCUUAGUUCUACGUGUUCGUUGAACAUCAUGGGCCCAAAGUUCUUUCAGAUUGAUAGUCUACGGUUCGAGCUUGGACUCGUUCUGUUCUCUUAUGGCUCGUUGCUUCGCGAACGGGCUUCUCAAGUUCUACAUACAGAUUUAGUACAAUCCGCGACCCUGUUUAGAAAAGCCGCAGGCGUUUAUCAGUAUCUGGGUCAUGAUGUUCUACCCUUUAUAAGAGCCAAACCUAGUCCCCAUGGACCACCAGAAGCCACAUCGUCGGUUUCAUCGGUUAUGAGCUUGAUUUGCUUGGCUGAGGCUCAGAUGGUAACUAUAAUGAAGGCCGAAGAGAAAAAAACCGCGGAUGGGCUUUUGUCAAAGUUGCAUUACGGUGUUGUACAGUUACUCGACGAGGCGACGGAUUCUUAUUCAACGGCAGCCAAAGAAUGCAAAGAGAUCUCGCCUGGCUUAAUGGAUUAUAUUUCAUGUUCUAAAGCUUUGCAUAAGCUAAGAAGUUACAAGCACAUGGCAGAAGGCGUGAAAACCGAGGGGCAAAUGGGAACUGCGAUCGGGCUCCUUAAACGGGCUUUAAAUAGUAAAGUAGAGAAGAAUGUGGGAGGGUUGGAAUCAUGGCGAAAGGUUAUUAAACAAGAUAUUAAUGCGUUGACCGAGGUGCUAAGAAGAUACGAGCAUGAGAAUGAUUUUGUGUGGAGUGAAAAAGUAGCUUGCGAUGAGCAUUUACCGUUGUUACAAGGGAAAAAGAUAGCAACGUGCAUACCUUAUUGUCCUGCAAGAUGGGAAAGAACUCUUAAACUGAAGAUAUAGUUAUAUAGUAGAUAUGCAUAGUGGCAAAGUGGUAAUUGUUUCUUCACACAACGAUAUUCGGGUGCUAAGGGUGCGGUAACGGUUGAUACGGGGUCGUGUUGUGGUGGUGAGAGUUGAGCUAAUGGUUUUGUUUCUAUUGUAGUUUUCACCAAUUUUGAUAUUAUAUUUUAAGUUUUAACAUUGCUUCUCAUACAAACUACACAUUGUUCAUACACAUAUACAUGCUUAUGCAUCGUUGCAGAUCGACGUA